GCAGAUUUUGCGAGUGUCCACGGCCUUGAGCUGCCUGCUGGGCCUGCCGCUGAGGGUGCACCGGAUCCGCGCCGGGAGGAGCCAGGCUGGCCUCAGGCCUCAGCAUCUGUCUGGAUUGGAGAUGAUUCGGGAUCUAUGUGAGGGGAAGCUGGAAGGCGGAGAAAUUGGCUCAACAGAAAUAACCUUCACUCCUGGGAAGAUCAGAGGUGGAACCCACAUAGCAGAUACAAAAACAGCAGGGAGUGUGUGUCUACUGAUGCAGGUAGCAAUGCCCUGUGUGCUGUUUGCUGCUUCCCCAUCAGAACUUCAUUUAAAAGGUGGGACUAAUGCUGAGAUGGCUCCUCAGAUAGACUACACAGUCAUGGUUUUUAAGCCAAUAGUUGAAAAGUUCAAUUUCACAUUUAAUUGUGACAUAAAAAAGAGGGGCUACUAUCCUCAGGGAGGUGGUGAAGUUGUAGUCCAGAUGUCACCAGUCAAAGAGUUGAGCCCAAUAAACUUAACAGAACGUGGCACAGUGACAAAAAUAUAUGGAAGAGCAUUUGUAGCUGGAGCACUGCCUAUAAAACUGGCAAAAGACAUGGCAGCAGCAGCAGUGAGAUGCAUCAGAAAAGAAAUCAGAGAUCUCUACAUUAGCAUUCAGCCUGUUCGGGAGCCUGACAAUCAAGCCGUUGGGACUGGAAGUGGAAUAAUCAUUGUUGCAGAGACUUCAACAGGAUGUUUGUUAGCUGGAUCAUCACUUGGCAAGAGAGGAAAGAACGCUGACAAGGUUGGCAUUGAAGCAGCUGAGAUGCUGCUUAGGAAUCUUAAACAUGGUGGAACUGUGGAUGAUUCUCUGCAAGACCAACUGAUCAUUUUUAUGGCGCUAGCAAAGGGGGUGUCUAGAGUAAAAAGUGGACCAAUUACACUUCAUACUCAAACUGCUAUACACUUUGCAGAGCAGCUAACAAAGGCCAAAUUUACAGUGACAAAAACAGAAGAGGAUGAUCCCAGUAAAGAUACCUACAUCAUUGAGUGCCAAGGAAUGGGGAUGAUAAACCAAAACUUAUAAGGUUCAAAAAAAA